GAGCAACUCUCUGAACGACACCCCUUCUCUCCCCCUCUCUCUCUCUCUCUCUCUCCCCCCUACUCUCCUCUGACACACUCCGUCGCUGGAAAAUCGCUUUCCGGCGGAAGCCAUUUUCUGCUCGGUUUCUUGCAUCCGACGUCUUCGAUCUCUCUAUUUCAGCCCAACUCGUAAAUCGAAUCUUUUCUGAAUCACAUUUGUCUUCCCACCAAUUGCGCUCUCAUACAUAUAUAUGCGCACAUGAAUGUAUCUCGACGCACUGAGUUUCCCCUAAUUUUUCAGCUCCGCACCGCUGAAGAACCGUCUAACCCAUCUCAAUCUUGUCCUUACAUGCUUUGUUCUUCACCCUUCAGUCACUAGUGCGAGACCUUAUACAUAUUACAGUCUGAUUCUAGAUUGGAGGCACCCAAGUGAUUAAUUUGGCAAGUGUUAAAAGUAGAGCGGAGAUGUCUGUGUUAGAUACUGCGUUUGUGGACACCGAGCUCUCGAAGAAGACCUCGAUCUUUGGGCUACAUUUAUGGGUCGUCAUCGGAAUAGUCGUCGGAGCUGUGAUUGUGAUUUUCCUUUUCCUGAUAUCUCUUUGCAUCACUGCCUCACGCCGCCGCAGCACCGUCAAGGGUAAGCCCAAGCGCCCGGGGUUCGAGAUUACGCCCGUCGUCUCCAAGGAAAUUCAGGAGAUCACACGCGACUCAGCCGCCGCCGAGCACCGCCCACAGCCGGCUGUGCCAGAAAUACAGAUUGAUAUGGGGAAGGUGGAGCACAGAGUGGUGUUCUCUGAUAGAGGAGCAUCGAGUGGUGAGAGCAGGGCUACCAGUGGGGCUGAUACCGGGUCUUAUGGAGGCAGUGGGUCAUUGCCAGAGGUGUCUCAUCUGGGAUGGGGCAGGUGGUAUACUUUGAGAGAACUUGAGGCGGCCUCCAAUGGCUUGUCUGAUGAGAAUGUGAUUGGUGAAGGUGGAUAUGGUAUCGUGUAUUAUGGUGUGCUGACGGAUAACACUCGAGUUGCCAUAAAGAAUUUGUUGAACAACAGGGGUCAAGCUGAAAAGGAAUUCAAGGUGGAGGUUGAAGCAAUUGGCCGAGUUCGACACAAGAAUCUUGUAAGGUUGCUGGGAUACUGUGUUGAAGGAGCUUAUAGGAUGCUUGUCUACGAAUAUGUUGACAAUGGAAAUUUAGACCAGUGGCUUCAUGGAGAUGUGGGGGAUGUCAGCCCGUUGACAUGGGAGAUUCGUGUGAAUGUAAUCAUAGGAACUGCAAAAGGCUUGGCUUAUCUCCAUGAUGGUCUGGAACCAAAGGUCGUCCACCGUGACAUCAAGUCCAGCAACAUAUUACUUGAUCGUCAGUGGCAUCCUAAGCUGUCGGAUUUUGGGCUGGCUAAGCUCCUGAACUCAGAGAGAUCUUAUGUGACAACUAGAGUGAUGGGAACAUUCGGUUAUGUUGCUCCAGAAUAUGCUUGCACUGGUAUGCUGAAUGAGAAGAGUGAUAUUUAUAGCUUCGGGAUAUUGAUUAUGGAGAUCAUUACGGGGAGAUCUCCUGUUGAUUAUGGUCGUCCGCAGGGAGAGGUCAAUCUGGUUGAUUGGCUCAAGGUGAUGGUUGCAAAAAGGGAGGCAGAGGAAGUAGUGGACCCUAAGCUGCCGGAGCGCCCACCUUCAAAAGCUUUGAAGCGUCUGAUCCUUGUGGCUCUUCGAUGUGUCGAUCCUGAUGCCCAAAAGAGGCCCAAAAUGGGGCAUGUGUUACAUAUGCUCGAAUCAGAGGAUCUGCUGUCCCGCGAGGAAAAACGAAUAGGCCGUGAGCCUUCCAGUUCGGUCCGAGAAGAAAACCAUUCACGCCAAGAACCUAUCAGCAAACAAGGCAGCGACCAAGGGGAAAGCAGUAGGAGCCACAACUGGAGAUAGUUUUAUAUGUACUUGGAGGGGUGGGGUACACAAUUUUAUUAUUAUUAUUUUUUUAUUAUUCCUCUGCAUAUUUAUUCGAUUGAUCAUUGGAUCUUGUGCUUUAGCUUAUAUUGAUUGCUUGGGGGUAUUAAUUUAUUUUUGGUCCAAGUAGCUGCCUAGUUAAUGUGUAUCAUUAGUAGUGGUCUGUGAAGUGUACGAUCCAUCUGACUCUCCCGUAACUCCUCUUAUAGAAACUACACAAAAUUGUAAUGUUCCUGCGUCA